AUUCUGGCCAGCCAAGCUACGUUAGGCUGUGUUCCUCGGCGCCACAAAUCAUCGUCACAGGCUGAAAGCUCAACUGCUUCGUCGUGCUCUUUAUUUUUUAUGCCUAUGCCAACGUUGCCGAUGUGGUAAAGCUGUCACCACGCCGCACGGAGGGCGGCCUCCUACGGCGCCAGCAGCCUAAGCGGCUUCCGGCUGCUGCGGCGGGAGCUCUGAUUUGAUCAGACGCCACUCAGGAAAGGGGAUUUUGGCCAUUUUUCGACUAAGUGCGUCUGGCGCAUUUAAUAGCAAAGCAAAAGCUACUUUCUAAUCUUCAGUUAGGCGUCCAAGAGGGAGAAACGUGGCGCUUGCUGCUGAGGGAGCAGCGGGUCUCCAGUCACAGCCGCGUCCCGCCUCCUGGUGUUUUCCUCAGCGUGGGAUUGUCUUUGUAUUUGCCCGGUCUGAACUGGCCCCACCGAAAGAAUGGACAGACGAGCUUACUAAGGAAUUUGAAUUUAGAGUUUAAUUUUGAAGAGCAUUCUCUCCAGGAAGCAGUUUUACAGUAUCUCAGACACUUCGCUUGACUACUUCAUCCUGCAUAAAUCCAAGGAGAAAAGAAAUGGGUCGCUCCAAUUCUAGAUCUCAUUCUUCAAGGUCAAAGUCUAGAUCACAGUCUAGUUCUCGAUCAAGAUCAAGAUCGCAUUCUAGAAAGAAGCGAUACAGUUCUAGGUCUCGUUCCAGAACAUAUUCAAGGUCUCGUAGUAGAGAUCGUAUGUAUUCUAGAGAUUAUCGUCGCGAUUACAGAAAUAAUAGAGGAAUGAGACGACCUUAUGGGUACAGAGGAAGGGGUAGAGGGUAUUAUCAAGGAGGAGGAGGUAGAUAUCAUCGAGGUGGUUAUAGACCUGUCUGGAAUAGAAGGCACUCUAGGAGUCCUAGACGAGGUCGUUCACGUUCCAGGAGUCCAAAAAGAAGAUCCGUUUCUUCUCAAAGAUCCAGAAGCAGAUCUCGCCGGUCAUAUAGAUCUUCUAGGUCUCCAAGAUCAUCCUCUUCUCGUUCUUCAUCCCCAUAUAGCAAAUCUCCUGUUUCUAAAAGACGAGGGUCUCAGGAAAAACAAACCAAAAAAGCUGAAGGGGAACCCCAAGAAGAGAGUCCGUUGAAAAGUAAAUCACAGGAGGAACCAAAAGAUACAUUUGAGCAUGACCCAUCUGAGUCUAUUGAUGAAUUUAAUAAGUCAUCAGCCACAUCCGGUGAUAUUUGGCCUGGCCUUUCAGCUUAUGAUAAUAGUCCCAGAUCACCCCAUAGUCCUUCACCUAUUGCUACACCACCUAGUCAGAGUUCGUCUUGCUCUGAUGCUCCCAUGCUUAGUACAGUUCACUCUGCAAAAAAUACUCCUUCUCAGCAUUCACAUUCCAUUCAGCAUAGUCCUGAAAGGUCUGGGUCUGGUUCUGUUGGAAAUGGAUCUAGUAGAUAUAGUCCUUCUCAGAAUAGUCCAAUUCAUCACAUCCCUUCACGAAGAAGUCCUGCAAAGACAAUCGCACCACAGAAUGCUCCAAGAGAUGAGUCUAGGGGCCGUUCCUCAUUUUAUCCUGAUGGUGGAGAUCAGGAAACUGCAAAGACUGGGAAGUUCUUAAAAAGGUUCACAGAUGAAGAGUCUAGAGUAUUCCUGCUUGAUAGGGGUAAUACCAGGGAUAAAGAGGCUUCAAAAGAGAAAGGAUCAGAGAAAGGGAGGGCAGAGGGAGAAUGGGAAGAUCAGGAAGCUCUAGAUUACUUCAGUGAUAAAGAGUCUGGAAAACAAAAGUUUAAUGAUUCGGAAGGGGAUGACACAGAGGAGACAGAGGAUUAUAGACAGUUCAGGAAGUCAGUCCUCGCAGAUCAGGGUAAAAGUUUUGCUACUGCAUCUCACCGGAAUACUGAGGAGGAAGGACUCAAGUACAAGUCCAAAGUUUCACUUAAAGGCAAUAGAGAAAGUGAUGGAUUUAGAGAAGAAAAAAAUUAUAAACUUAAAGAGACUGGAUAUGUAGUGGAAAGGCCUAGCACUACAAAAGAUAAGCACAAAGAAGACGACAAAAAUUCUGAAAGAAUAACAGUAAAGAAAGAAACUCAGUCACCUGAGCAGGUAAAGUCUGAAAAGCUCAAAGACCUCUUUGAUUACAGUCCCCCUCUACACAAGAAUCUGGAUGCUCGAGAAAAGUCUACCUUCAGAGAGGAAAGCCCACUUAGGAUCAAAAUGAUAGCGAGUGAUUCUCAUCGUCCUGAAGUCAAACUCAAAAUGGCACCUGUUCCUCUUGAUGAUUCUAACAGACCUGCUUCCUUGACUAAAGACAGGCUGCUUGCUAGUACACUUGUCCAUUCUGUCAAGAAGGAGCAAGAAUUCCGAACCAUCUUUGACCACAUUAAGUUGCCACAGGCCAGCAAAAGCACUUCAGAGUCAUUUAUUCAACACAUUGUGUCCUUGGUUCAUCAUGUUAAAGAGCAAUACUUCAAAUCAGCUGCAAUGACCCUUAACGAGCGGUUCACUUCGUAUCAGAAAGCCACUGAAGAACAUAGUACUCGUCAAAAGAGCCCUGAGAUACACAGGAGAAUUGACAUCUCGCCAAGUACCCUGAGGAAGCAUACCCGUUUAGCAGGGGAAGAGAGAGUUUUUAAAGAAGAAAAUCAAAAGGGAGAUAAAAAAUUAAGGUGUGACUCUGCUGAUCUUCGGCAUGACAUUGAUCGCCGUAGAAAAGAAAGAAGUAAAGAACGGGGAGAUUCCAAGGGCUCCAGAGAAUCCAGUGGAUCAAGAAAGCAGGAAAAAACUCCAAAAGAUUACAAAGAAUACAAAUCUUACAAAGAUGACAGUAAACACAAAAGUAGAGAGCAAGAUCAUUCUCGAUCUUCAUCCUCUUCAGCAUCCCCUUCUUCACCCAGUUCUCGAGAAGAAAAGGAAAGUAAGAAGGAAAGAGAAGAAGAAUUUAAAACUCAUCAUGAAAUGAAAGAAUACUCAGGCUUUGCAGGAGUUAGCCGACCACGAGGAACCUUUUUUCGAAUUAGAGGCAGAGGAAGAGCCAGAGGAGUUUUUGCUGGGACAAAUACUGGUCCAAACAACUCAAAUACUACUUUUCAAAAGAGACCGAAGGAAGAGGAAUGGGAUCCAGAAUAUACCCCAAAGAGCAAGAAGUACUUCUUGCAUGACGACAGAGAUGAUGGUGUGGAUUAUUGGGCCAAAAGAGGAAGAGGUCGUGGUACUUUUCAACGUGGCAGAGGGCGCUUUAACUUCAAAAAAUCAGGUAGCAGUCCUAAAUGGACUCAUGACAAAUACCAAGGGGAUGGGAUUGUUGAAGAUGAAGAAGAGACCAUGGAAAAUAAUGAAGAAAAGAAGGACAGACGCAAGGAAGAAAAGGAAUAAUAAAUAUGAAGUAAGAUUGCAACAGAGAGCAGAACUUGCACUCACCAUUUUUUACCUGAAAUUUUGUUUUCAAAUAAGAAUGUAAGCAUUUUACUUAAAUUUUACUGUUUGCAACUAGUCUAUAGAAAUUUUGUUUUAAGUCUUCAAAUAUCUUGAGAAAUAGUAGACUGUAUGUUGAAAAUUGUAUUGAAUAAAGUAGAAAAUUGUUACGUACCAUAUUUGUAACUAUCAACUUAAAAAAAAAAAUUUUAACGUUUUUGUUACAUGCCUUGUAAUUCUGCUUUGUCUAUAAGAUAUGGUCAAGUACAGCUCUGUGAAAGUUCUGAUUCUCUUCCUUCCCUGUUUGUUAAUGUUUUAUUCUGAAGUAAACGUUAGCUCUGCAUAUAAAUCCUGGAACAGGAAUUGUUUAUAGAGACUACACUAAUUAUUUUAACUGUAUACAUCUGUUUAAUUUGAACACACUACAUUGUAGGGUGACUAAUUUUUGAAGUACACCACAGACAAAAAGUUGAUACUUUGGUAAACUAAGCUAGUUUAGAACUUAAGCAAAUGCUUAAGGUAUAAAAAAAGCUUUGCCAAUAACUAAAAUGUACAAGCUAUUAAAAAUUAGAUUGAAAAGUUUGAGAAAAUGUUAUUUUUACUGAAAGUAAGCAGUGGCCUAUAAACAUUCUUAGGAGCCUUUUCUAUUUGCGUUCAAAAUUGAGUGUUCUUUUUCUAAUUUGAUAGUUUGAGUCAUGGUCUUAGAUAUUAGCUAUUUGUGAGAGGAAACUGGUUUGUAAUAAUGCUGCAAAUAGAAACCCCAUUCCUACUGAACAUCUUAGUUUUAAACAGAGCAAAACCUGUAAUCCUGGGGUUGGUAUGGAGGAGGUUUAUUCUGCAUAAUAAGUUGAUACAUUAGUACCUGAUUUUAUAUCUUACAUAUUUAUUUGAGCUGAACAUUAGUUUGUAGUGCAUCUAUUAGUAAAAAUAGAGAAACAUAACAUACUGUUCAUUAAUAGUAUUUUAAGUAAAUUGUUUUCCAAUGUCACCAAUAAAAGUUUUGGCAGGAAGCUUGUUGCCGCAUUGAUCUAACUUGGUUUUUUUUCCUCCCGUUUCAGUUGCAGUAUGUAAAAUGGCUUUUUCUUUUUCUUCUUAAGGGUUGUAUUCUUCAGGUAGAUAAUUUUUCAAAUGUGAAUUUUAUUUUGUGUCUAUAUGAUAGCUCUUAAAGAAGUGAAAAUCUGAAAUAGUAAAUUUCAAUGUUAAGUCUGCUUUUUGGGCAUAUAUAAAACUAGACACAUUUGUUAAUUUAGUUGUGUGUGUUAAAAGGAACUAAUGCUUAUUCUGUUAAUGUAAACUUUUGAAGAUCUUAAGUGUAUUGCUCUUUCAUCUUAAACACUUUUGAGAAUUUGCAAUGCAUCUAGCAACCUGGAUUUACAGCCAGGGACAUUGGUUGAGAGCUGAGCUGUUGGAAACAAAACUAAAAGCAACCUCAACAUAUGUGAUGUUUAUGGCCCUCAGCUCCUUAGUAUUGUGUGAUUUCCCUCCAUAACGUGUCUUUCUGAAAUUGUCUAUUAAAACAGAGGAAAUACCUGCCAAAGCAAGUAUGUAUUGCAUUAAUCAGGACAUAACUAAUAUUGUCCUGUUCAGAAUAAUAUUUACGUGUGAAAGCAACAUGAUGUAAUCCCCAACUCAGAAUUUUCAUGACCCUUCUGUAUACAAAUAAAUAAGUAAGAGUUACUUGAUUAGACAUCAAAUCUGUGUGCAUGACUAUCUGCUUAUCUACUUAAGACAAUGGGUAAAAGAUCUGUGAAAUUAAUAGGGAGUGGGAAUAAAUCUACUUAAUUCCUGUGGGCGGGUUAUAUUUUAAGUUCAAAUGCAUUACUUUAACCUUUGGUUACUUUCAUUCUGUUAAGCAAAAUUGAGGAAAGAGUAUGAUACCAGAAUAUAAUACUAGGCUAGGGUGAUUGUGAGAACUCUGUAAUAGAAUGUCAUUGUGGUUGUUAUCUUUUUCAGAUCCAAGCAUAUAAAAAGUAGCCUGUAUAUUUUUUUAAGCCACAGUUUAACUCCACACUUUACGACAUUAUAAAAGUUGAACGUUCCUCUUGAUAAGGAUAUUUGCUUACAAGUGCUAAGAAAUAACUUUUUGAUACUGCAUUAACAGACUUUGUUUUGCCUAGAGAAGGCAGUAAAAAUGAACCAAAGGAUAUUUCCAGAAAGGAUUAAGAAAGCUGUUUAAGAAGGCCAUGACUCUUUUAGUGUUUAUGUGUACCUUUCAGCAUCCUAGGAAUUUUUAUAUUAAAAGCAAAAUGUUUUUCCAAUUACAGUCUACUUCAGGAAUUACUAUUGUUCCUUUUGUCACAGGUAAAAUCAGUGUUGGGAAUUACAAUUUGAGAAAAAUAUUACCCAGUAAGAUUGAAUGUAGAUGGCUAAAUGAUUCUUACUCAGUGUGAUGUAUAAUGCAACAGGGACCCUUGUAAAUUGUCAUAUGCCAAUAAAAUGUCACAAGUAAUAA